ACCGCGACGAGGGAGAAUGAUGUGGCGAGGGCGCAGUUUGAUCAGAGUGUCAGCGAAGGAUGGAGGUGGAGUGGCAGCCAAGCGAUAACAGGAAUAUGGAGCUGGAGGCCGAGGUGCAAGAGGUCCUCGCUGUCAAGGAGGAUUCGGAGCGCGGGGGGAAACAGCUCGAGGAAGAGAUUGGGCGGGAACGCGCUCACGCUGAUGAACUGGAGUCGGCUGUUCAAGAAUGCGACGUACGCAUAUCCGAGCUGGAGCACGAACGUCGCUAACGCUGCACGCGCAGAAGAACUUGUCCAGGAGUUCGACGCCGAGAUCGAGAACCUUAGCCGUCGUGUCGUCUCAUGCGAUGACAAGCGAGAGCCUUCGCGAGCAGUUGUCCGCCGUCGAACGCGAACACGAUCGCCUUGCAGGCGAGCAUCGCCGGACGCUUGACGAGAGUGACAAGUGCUCCGACGAACGCGUCUCGCAAGUAAUCGAGGAGAAGGCCGAGGCGGAGGAGCAGCUCCGGGCCCUCGAGGAGCGGGUCAAGGCGCUCGGCGAUCGAGGCAAACAAGCUGCGGAAGGGGGCGCACGAGCUGAAGAUGGAGGGUUCCGACAAGCACCUGAAGAUAGUGCAUGAGCAAGCAGCUCGUGGCUAAGGAAGAGGAUAACGAAGGCCUGGAUGUUGCUUUGGAUUCCGAGCAGCAAGAGCUGAGACUUGUGAAAUGGAAACUCGCUGUCCGCGCUGCGACGGGAGGUGCACCUACGCUCUCCAAGGCGACGCGACAGGAGUCGGUGCUGGCUACGCCGGCCUUGCGUCGGCCAUCCGUCGUCGCCGACACACUCAACUCUUCUCGACCUUCGUCGACCAUGUCCGAAGCCAAUACGACAGCCAAGGCGCUCACGUCUCGCCCGAAUCCCGACUCGGUAGGGUCCGUGGGCUCGAGCGGAUCGAGCACCGCAACAAAAGCGAGGAUCGCAGGGACAAUGGGCUUCCCUUUAUCCAUCUUCGAGCCCCGGUCUUCCGUGUCUGGAACAACGUCCACACCUCGCAUAGGCUCAACCACCAGUCGCCUUCCGGCGCUCGCUCCUCGCCCUCGGCCAUACCUCAUUCCUGGACGACGAGCGUAAGAAAGCGUGUGUCGGUUGACGAAUCGACGAGGACGCCGAUCAAGAGCCGAGACGCGGCGAAUCAGAGCGAGAGCGAGCAGAGUGGCACCGGCAAGGAGAACAACCCGAAGGCUGCGAGAAGGAUGUAGGCCAUUCCGGUCUCGGCGUGAUAUACCCUUCCACACCACAUCACGCACCCUAUCGACACUUGCCACCCAUCUCGAUAAUGUAGCAUCUCAGCACACGUCGCAUUCCACGCAUUUAUGCACGCAUAUCGACAUAUAUCUAUCAGGGAUGCGCUCGUGAAUAACGUCGUAGCCCACUCUCCGCUCCUUGCUAAUUCGCAUACUCGCUUAUAUAUGGACAAGAAUGUGUUCUGCUCUGCUGCUUACUUCGCUGUGUUCGCCUGCUUUCUGGCGC